AGAAGUGAGGAGACUGCAGUCUUUGCUUACGGGGUAGAAAUGUUGGCAGAGGCGUGAGCGAGGACGAGGAUCUUCUAACACUUGGUGGAGGGGCCACGUUGGGACGGGAGGGGGACACCAGCACCCCCAAAUAAGACGGGAGGGGGACACCAGCACCCCCAAAUAGGACGGGAGGGGGACACCAGCACCCCCAAAUAGGACGGGAGGGGGACACCAGCACCCCCAAUAGCCACCUCUGACUGAGACGCCACGCCUCGUCUCUUCUAACCAUGAAGUUCAACCUGUUCAGAAGCCCACAGGCCGUGGCCCCUGCCGAGCCCACAGGCGCCACUACCGUCACCAUGGCCCCGACUCUGGCCGUCAUCUCCACCGUGGCAGAAAACUCAGGUUCAAACAACAACACGGAAAUCAACAAGAACGACAUGUUCGAAGAGAUCAAGAGCAAGUUCUUGAAUGAAAUUGACAAAAUUCCAUUGCCCCCGUGGGCUCUGAUCGCCAUCGCCGUGGUGGCCGCUUUGCUGGUCCUCACCUGCUGCUUCUGCAUCAUCAAGAAGUGCUGCUGCAAGAAGAAAAAAAACAAGAAGGGCAAGAAAGGCAAGGAUGGCUUCAACAUGAAGAACAUGGAAGGCGGUGAGAAACCUCAGGAUGACGACGAUGACGAGGGAGAGACGGGACUCACGGAGGAGGAGAAGGAGGAAGAGGAGAAGGAGCAGGAGAAGCUGGGGAAGCUGCAAUAUUCCAUCGAUUACGACUUUGAGAAUACCAAGCUCACCGUCGGCAUCCUCCAAGCUGCAGACCUCAUAUCCAUGGAUUCAGGGGGAACCUCUGACCCGUACGUGAAAGUCCUGCUAUUUCCUGACAAGAAGAAGAAGUAUGACACCAAGGUCCACAAGAAAACUCUCAACCCAGUCUUCAACGAGACCUUUGUCUUCAAGGUACCCUAUGAGGAGCUCGGCGGGAAAACUUUGGUGAUGUCCGUUUAUGACUACGAUCGCUUUUCGAAACAUGACGUCAUCGGCGAGGUGAAGAUCCCCAUGAACACCAUCGACCUCGGGAGGCCCAUUGAGGAGUGGCGGGAUCUGGAGAGCGCCGACCAAGAGGAGCCUGAGAAACUCGGGGACAUCUGCAUCUCCCUCCGCUACGUCCCCACUGCUGGUAAACUCACCGUUUGCAUCCUGGAGGCCAAGAACCUGAAGAAGAUGGAUGCCUGUGGAUUGUCCGAUCCCUAUGUGAAGAUCCAGCUGCUGCAGGGCGGUAAACGUCUGAAGAAGAAGAAGACCACAGUGAAGAAGAACACCCUCAAUCCGUACUACAAUGAAUCCUUCAGCUUUGAAAUACCACUGGAACAGAUGCAGAAAAUCCUCGUGGCAGUCACAGUGUUUGACUAUGACAAGAUCGGCAAGAACGACGCCAUCGGCAAGAUCUUUGUGGGCAGCAAGGCAAACGGCCUCGGUCUCAAGCACUGGUCCGACAUGCUGACCAACCCGCGCCGCCCCAUCGCCCAGUGGCAUGCUUUACAGCCGGAGGAAGACAUCGACGGUCAGCUGGCCUCCUUGGCAGCCAAGAAGUAACCCGGUCGCACCUUCUUACUGAAACAUUGCAUGACAUAACCCAAGACCACUUUGCCAAAAAAACUGACUCAAUAGAAAAUCAUCCUGUUGGACACACAUGCUUACCGACAGACUGAAUGGUGGACUUUUAAGUCUUUCUUUCCAGACUGAGCUCAGCUUUUAGUUUAGUCAAAAGAGCAUGGUUCACCCCGCCUACUAACUACCCCCAUAAUAGGUGUGCUAAAACAACAGCAAUAAAAAGCAAUUUGGU